AAAGCGGUUCGACAAUUGGUCCUUCUUUUGGCCCCUCCUGCGAAGCCCGCGGAUUGGACGGCUGAGUCUGGCUGCACGGAGCUCCGCAGGAGCGCGGCCGGGCCAAUCAGGAGCUUGGCGUAUUUUACAAACUGAGGAAGUAGCUCCAGCAGCAUCCGAGAGAGUCAGGCGAAAAGCGGAGGAAGCUGGGUCGGCCCUGAGGGGCUCUCGGUAAGCCAUCAUGACUACCCGGCAAGCCACGAGGGAUCCCCUCCUCCGGGGUGUAUCUCCUACCCCUAGCAAGAUUCCGGUACGCUCUCAGAAACGCACGCCUUUCUCCACUGUUACAUCGUGCGCCCUGGACCAGGAGAACCAAGAUCCAAGGAAAUGCUUGCAGAAACCACCGCUCAAUAUUCAACGCCCCCUCGUUGAUUCAGCAGGCCCCAGGCCGAAAGCCAAGCACCAGGCAGAGACAUCACAAAGAUUGGUGGGGAUUCCUCAGCCUCGGAACCCCUUGGAGGAGCUCAGGCCUAGCCCUAGGGGUCAAAAUGUGGGGCCUGGGCCCUCUGCCCAGACAGAGGCUCCAGGGACCAUAGAGUUUGUGGCUGACCCUGCAGCCCUGGCCACCAUCCUGUCAGGUGAGGGUGUGAAGAGCUGUCACCUGGGGCGCCAGCCUAGUCUUGCUAAGAGAGUACUGGUUCGAGGAAGUCAAGGAGACACCACCCAGAGGGGCCAGGGUGUUCGGGCCUCUGCAUAUUUGGCCCCCAGAACUCCCACCCACCGACUGGACCCUGCCAGGGCUUCCUGCUUCUCAAGGCUGGAGGGACCAGGACCUCGAGGCCAGACUUUGUGCCCCCAGAGGCUACGGGCUCUGAUUUCACCUUCAGGACCUUCCUUUCACCCUUCCACUCGCCCCAGUUUCCAGGAGCUAAGAAGGGAGACAGCUGGCAGCAGCCGGACUUCAGUGAGCCAGGCCUCAGGAUUGCUCCUGGAGACCCCAGUCCAGCCUGCUUUCUCUCUCCCUAAAGGAGAACAUGAGGUUGUCACUCGCUCAGAUGAAGGAGGUGUGGCCUCUCUUGGUCUGGCCCAGCGAGUACCAUUAAGAGAAAACCGAGAAAUGACACAUACCAGGGACAGCCGUGACUCCCACCUGAUGCCCUCCCCUGCCCCUGUGGCCCAGUCCUUGCCUGGCCAUGUGGUGCCAUGUCCAUCACCCUUUGGACGGGCUCAGCGUGUACCCUCCCCAGGCCCUCCAACUGUGACCUCAUAUUCAGUGUUGCGGCGUCUCACCAUUCAACCUAAAACCCGAUUCACGCCCAUGCCAUCAACCCCCAGAGUUCAGCAGGCCCGGUGGCUAAGUGGUGUUUCCCCUCAGUCCUGCUCUGAAGAUCCUGCCCUGCCCUGGGAGCAGGUUGCCGUCCGGUUGUUUGACCAGGAGAGUUGUAUAAGGUCACUGGAGGGGUCUGGGAAACCACCUGUGGCCACUCCUUCUGGACCCCACUCUAACAGAACCCCCAACCUCCAGGAGGUGAAGAUUCAACGCAUCGGUAUCCUGCAGCAGCUGUUGAGACAGGAGAUAGAGGGGCUGGUAGGGGGCCAGUGUGCCCCCCUUAAUGGAGGCUCUUCUCUGGAUAUGGUUGAACUUCAGCCCCUGCUGACUGAGAUUUCUAGAACUCUGAAUGCCACAGAGCAUAACUCUGGGACUUCCCACCUUCCGGGACUGUUAAAACUCUCAGGGCUGCCAAAGCCCUGCCUUCCAGAGGAGUGCGGGGAACCACAGCCCUGCCCUCCAGCGGAGCCUGGGCCCCCAGAGGCCGUCUGUAGGAGUGAGCCUGAGACACCAGAGCCCUCCCUCCAGGAACAGCUUGAGGUACCAGAGCCCUGCCCUCCAGCAGAACCCAGGCCCCCAGAGUCCUGCUGUAGGAGUGAGCCUGAGACACCGGAGCCCUCCCGCCAGGAACAGCUUGAAGUACCAGAGCCCUGCCCUCCAGCAGAACCCAGGCUCCCAGAGUCCUGCUGUAGGAGUGAGCCUGAGAUACCGGAGUCCUCUCAGCAGGAACAGCUUGAGGUACCAGAGCCCUGCCCUCCAGCAGAACCCAGGCUCCCAGAGUCCUGCUGUAGGAGUGAGCCUGAGACACCAGAGCCCUCCCGCCAGGAACAGCUUGAGGUACCAGAGCCCUGCCCUCCAGCAGAACCCAGGCUCCCAGAGUCCUGCUGUAGGAGUGAGCCUGAGAUACCGGAGCCCUCCCGCCAGGAACAGCUUGAGGUACCAGAGCCCUGCCCUCCAGCAGAACCCAGUCCCCUUCAGCCCAGCACCCAGGGGCAGUCUGGACCCCCAGGGCCCUACCCUAGGGUAGAGCUGGGGGCAUCAGAGCCCUGCACCCUGGAACAUAGAAGUCCAGAGUCCAGUCUACCACCCUGCUACAGUCAGCGGGCUCCAGCAACCACCAGCCUGAUCUUCUCUUCCCAACACCCGCUUUGUGCCAGCCCCCCUAUCUGCUCACUCCAGUCUCUGAGAACCCCGGCAGGCCAGGCAGGCCUCAGCAGUCUAGCCCCUCGAACCCUAGCCCUGAGGGAGCGCCUCAAAUCAUGUUUAACUGCCAUCCACUGCUUCCAUGAGGCUCGUCUGGACGAUGAGUGUGCCUUUUACACCAGCCGAGCCCCUCCCUCAGGCCCCACCCGGGUCUGCACCAACCCUGUGGCUACAUUACUCGAAUGGCAGGACGCCCUGUGUUUCAUUCCAGUUGGUUCUGCUGCCCCCCAGGGCUCUCCAUCAUGAGACAACCACUCCUGCCCUACCGUGCUUCUUCCUUUUAGCCCUUAUUUAUUGUCGGUCUGCCCAUGGGACUGGGAGCCGACCACUUUUGUCCUCAAUAAAGUUUCCAAAGUA